AUGGCGGAAGAAGCAUCGCAGCCUCGGCGCGGGUGGAAGGGACUUUUCGCCAAGAAAAGUACUAACCAUGGGGAUUCUUCGACUGAGAACGUAAACGAGAAGCAGAGCAGGGCAACAUGGAAUAUGGGGAUGCUUAACGAUAAGGAGACCAUUGAAGUUCCAGGUUCUGUCUUGUUACUCGCCCAGGGACGCAAUGAGCCUUUGGGACUCCGGAAUGCUCCGGCCAGGACUUCCCAUUCAUCGCUGCCGACAGGCAUGCCAGAACCGCCACCUCCUGACCUUGAGAAGAAGAUGACCAAGGAUCGCCAAAUCAUUCUCGAUCCCCAGCCUGAUGACUCGCACAACGACCCUUUGAAUUGGGCGGCAUGGCGUAGAGAUAUGGCAUUGCUAUCCCUUGGCCUCUACUGUAUGAUUGGAGGUGGCAUUACGCCCUUGAUCGCAGCAGGGUUCACAGACGUUGCCGAAGACUACGAUAUCCCAGUCUCUCAGGUGUCCUUGACAACAGGCCUAUACAUGAUGGGAUUGGGAAUUGGCUCAGUGAUAUUCAGUCCCACUGCCAUCCUUUACGGUAAACGUCCAGUGUACUUGGCCAGUGCUAUCCUAUGGAUCUUGACGGAUGUUUGGUGUGCGCUAUCACCAAAUUUUACGUCCCUGCUCGUGGCUCGAGUUUUCCAGGGCAUCGCUGUCAGUCCUGUUGAGUGUUUACCGUCCGCUACCAUAGCCGAGAUUUUCUUUUUGCACGAAAGGGCCUUCAGAAUUGGAAUAUAUACACUGUUGCUUUUGGGCGGCAAGAACCUUGUUCCGCUCGUCAGUGCGGUAGUUAUCUCCAGUCUUGGGUGGCGAUGGGUCUUUUGGAUCGUUGCCAUCAUCGUUGGAUUCUCGGGUAUCCUGCUGUACCUGCUUGUUCCAGAGACAUUUUGGGACAGGACUCCCCUCCCAAAAUCUCGGAAACCUACCAAGAGACCUAGCUUCUUCAGCCGGAGAUCUUCAAGGAACGUUAUCCCCACCAUGAUCAAGCAUCCAGACAGCCACCACCCAACAACCGAAGGAGCUGAGCUCGCCCAUGGACCGGAAGCUGCACCUGAAGACCCAACUUCAUCAACGCAUCACCAUCGCCAUAGGGGCGCUCAUGUGGGAUUCGCACCCAGUGUUGAACACGAACAUAGCGCAGAUGUUGCGGCUGGGCCUGCUAUCGGCGGUUCGGGAGCUGUCAGUGACAACGCGGCCCCGGCUGUCGAGGUUGUGAAACCGGAAGGUGUUCCUUCGGGUGCUAGCACGCCCAGGUCGCCUGGGCGUCCCAUUCUAAUGUCCAGACAGUCCGCUAGCAGCGCUGUAUCUCCGCAUGCUUCUAUGCCCCCCGCUUCCCCGUUGGCUACAACCCAGGACCAUUUCCGAGAACAGCGGGACAUCGAGGGACAGCAUGCUUACGAUAUACGGCCAGCUGCCGGUCCCGUCAGCCCCGACACUGAGAGCGAGAAAUUUUCCAUCUCUCAAGCCGCAUCCAGGGGUCAGCAGUAUACUCAUGCCCUGCGCGAGGCGCCUCCAAAGUCGUUCAGCCAACAGCUUAAGAUUUACCAUGGCCGACUCAACAAUGAUAAAUGGUGGAAGGCGGCGAUCCGGCCCUUCAUCUUGUUUGCGUAUCCGUCAGUCCUCUGGUCGGCUGCAAUCUACUCUUGCUCGAUCGGCUGGCUCAUUGUCAUUUCGGAGUCGGUGGCGAUCAUCUACCGCGAGGGCAGCUAUCAUUUCGGCGCCCUGGCCACAGGUCUCGUGUAUCUUUCCCCUUUUAUCGGAGGUGUCCUCGGCACGGCGGUCGCAGGCAAAGUCAGCGACGUCAUUGUGAAGGCGAUGGCACGCAGAAACGGCGGCUUGUACGAGCCCGAAUUCCGGCUCGUCAUGGCCGGCCCGGUCGCGAUCACCACGGUGAUAGGGCUCAUGGGAUUCGGCUGGUCGGCGCACGAGAACGACCACUGGAUAGUCCCGACCGUCUUCUUCGGAGUCACCUCGUUCGGCUGCUCACUCGGAUCCACCACGUCGAUCACGUUCUGUGUGGACAGCUACCGCCAGUACGCUGGUGAGGCCCUGGUGACGCUGAACUUCAGCAAGAAUAUCUUCCACGGUUUGGUGUUUAGUCUCUUCGUAACGGAGUGGCUGACACACGAGGGAUCGAAGUCGGUCUUCAUCUGGAUCGGUAUCAUACAGCUGAUCCUCUGUCUUUUCUCGAUUCCCAUGUACAUUUACGGGAAGCGAGCUCGCAUGUGGACGGUGAGGAAGAAUUUGAUGGAGAAGUUCUAA